AUGGCCACCAUCCACGACAAUGACGAGCUUCUCUUGGCCCGCAUCGGCUACAAACAGGAAUUGAAACGUGAAUUCUCAAAAUGGUCCACCGUCUCUUAUGCCAUUUCCAUCUUAGGCAUUCUAGGCUCAGUUCCCGCCACGUUCGGAGCUCCCCUGUCUGCAGGAGGUCCAGCAACCGCAACAUGGUGUUGGUUUGUGGGCUCUUGCAUGGCCUUGUGUAUCGGCAGCUCGGUCGCAGAGCUGGUCUCUGCAUAUCCUACUGCCGGAGGCAUGUACUUUGUCACCAAGCAUGUAGUCCCAGAUGAACAUGUACCCAUCUUCUCCUGGGUACAGGGAUGGUGUAACCUCCUCGGACAGACGGCGGGAGUAUCCAGUGUCGCCUAUACUGUCAGCCAGAUGUUACUUGCCUGCGCGAGCAUGAAUUCGGAGCUUGUGGAUGGAAAGUAUUCGUACUCACCUUCCGCGUUGGAUACGGUGCUCUUGUCCGUGAUAUUGCUCUGUGUACUGGGUGUGAUCUGCUCGAUGACCACCAAGUCUCUGCACCAAAUUUUCCUUUGGUUCGCUCCGAUAAACACUGACCAGCUAGUCGCCGCGACUUUCUGUAUCUGCUUCGCCCUGUUAUGGUUCACCCCCAAUAAGCAACCAGCCAUCUGGGUGUUCACCCACUUCACUGAUGGGUCCGGAUGGGGAUCAAAGGUAUUCUCCUUCCUACUAGGGUUUAUCUCUGUUGCAUGGACAAUGACCGACUACGACGGAACUACACACAUGUCCGAAGAAACCCACAAUGCAGCAGCCCUAGGUCCCCUAGCCAUCCAAUCAGCCGUGAUUGUAUCUGGCAUCCUCGGCUGGAUCCUAACCAUAUCAAUGUGCUUCUGUCUCACCGAUUUCGAUGACAUCCUCAAUACCCCCACUGGCCUCCCAGCAGCCCAGAUCUUCCUCAACGCCGGAGGAAAGGUAGGCGGUUCAGCCAUGUGGGGACUAGCAAUCCUCGUACAGUUCUUCACCGGAUGCUCUGCCAUGCUAGCAGACACUCGAAUGGCCUACGCUUUUGCUCGUGACGAAGCCCUACCCUUUUCGUCCUUCCUCUCCCAAGUAAACCCAUACACCCAAACUCCCGUCAACGCCGUCUGGUUCGUCGUCUUCUUCAGCAUCUGCCUGAAUUGCAUUGCCAUCGGCUCGACCCACACCGCCACCGCGAUCUUCAGCAUCACUGCGCCGGCAUUGGACCUCUCCUACGUGUCCGUCAUCCUAGCCCACCAGAUAUACCGAAAGCAGGUGAAGUUCAUCGAGGGGCCGUUUACACUGGGACGAUGGGGACCUUACAUUAAUUGGAUCUCGGUGAUAUGGGUUGUGUUUAUCAGCUCGGUGCUGUUCUUUCCGCCGACGGUGCCGGUGACGGUGUCGAAUAUGAACUACGGCAUCUGCGUUGGUAUUUCCAUCGCUGCAUUUUCGCUGGUUUGGUGGUGGGUUGCUGCGAGGGGGAGAUACACUGGCCCUCGAACAACAGAACACAUGCAACCUGUCCCGACCGAGGAACCGGGCCUUGACUAUGGGACUAUGCAGUAA